CGGUGACCAUCACCUGAUUCUCAGGUGAUCACGAGCCUUCGGUAGCAACAUGUCCAUUCUACCCAAUUUAUCGACCCUACUACUCUCGUUCCGUUGACGGUUAACGUUCUAGCGCUAUCGCGUAACUCUCAUUCUCAUACGAUGGCCCAACGCACGUUGAAGUUUGGCGCUCUGUCUUUCGCCGUCUUUGCCUCCAUCGCAUCACUGUUGACAUCCAACUCUGCGUUAAUGCUUACUACGUUAAUUGUGAUGGGAAGUGCGACGUCCCUAUCGGCAAGUGCCUCAAAAGUACCGCCAGUGAUGGAUGGUCCGGAUUCAACGAUAACGUCUAACAACCAGGCAAACACCGGCAGCUAUGGAGUGUGCUACUAUUUUGCCGACAACGAUUGCUUCGAGCCAUUGUUCAGUAGUGGUGACACUAGCGUUGACUGGUUUGCUGGAUACAACGACCAGCUCUCAUCAAUUUUCUCUUCUCCGGACGCUUGAUUGCAAAGGCUUAUGUUCGUUUUUCCUGUAACUAGUGGCACUAAAUUGAUCC